AUGGCGCGAACUUUCAAAGGGCCGGUGGGAGGCCCGUUCUCAUGUUUAUCCAAGGAUGUCAUAAUGAGGCCUCAUUCUGGUGAAGAAGAUGCCCCCGCCAAGUCCCCUGCUCCGAGACAAGGUGAUGAGAAGAAAAAAAAAGAGGGCUGGGAGUUCUUCGAGCUCAUAGAAGAAGAAACCGAAAAGAAAGCUGAGCGGUGGCGAUCGGAGACGCAUACAUUUCACUUGCCCACUGGAGAGGCCACCAUCACGCUGCAGGAUGUCCAGGUUUUAUACGGACUGCGUGUAGAGGGACGCGCCUUCGCACUGCCCCACCACUGGAGAGGGAUGACACGUGCACAGUUGGCGGAUAUGAUGGGGCAGUUGACUGGUUCUAGACCUCAGGGUGACCGGGGUUGCAGUCGCGUUGUUUUGUCAUUCAUUAGAGAUCAGAUGGCGGAUUUGCACCCAGAUAUUACCCACGAGAUGGAGCAUCUUUGGAUUCAGAGGUACACUUGGUUGGCGUUGCUCCUGCUUUUCGGGUGUGUCUUGUUCCUGGAGACUUCGGGGAGUAAAGUGAGUAUGCGCUUUCUGCAUUGUCUUGAGCAGCUGGAUGAGCUACCCCAGUACAGCUGGGGUGCUACUGUUCUGGCGUAUCUGUAUAGGAGCAUGUGUCGGCCGAGCAUAGGUCGAACGGUUGAUAUAUGUGGUUUUCUGCCCCUCCUACAGCGGAUCAUGCCGUUGGAGCCACCUCUACCACCACUUCCGCCCGGUGAGGAUUAUCCGCUUCUCCCUCUAGCUAUCAGGUGGAUUCUCCAGCUUCAUCUGGACGCCAUACAACAUCGAGUUGCUUGGUCAGCUACCCGCUUGUUGGUCGGUCGACCGGCUGAUUUGGAGCACUCCGUCCUGAUGAUCUUCUGGGAUCACAUUGAGUAUCAUACCACGGAGCGUGCGCUUCGACAGUUUGGCCUUCCUCAGCCUAUACCGAGGGAGCCUAGAUGGGAGGCUACACACUAUCAGCGGGACGACCGUGCCAGCAUGGACCGGCAGUAUAUUGGAUGGCUACAGCAACAGAUAGCUUAUUGGGAGGACCGAGCUGGGCGCAUUCCGCUACCACUUACAGUUUUCCAGGAGGCCUCUAUUCAUCUGUAUGCUGAGUGGUACCGCCGUCAGACCCGAAUGAUGAUCGGGAACCCCGUUCAUGUACUUGGCGAGCGCUACAGACCGUACGCCGGGAGGCACGAGGCACUGGCCAUUGGGCAUCAUCGCAUCUACCAGUUGGGACAGGAGAUGCAGCAGCGUGCCGACCCUGAAGUGGUUGAGUAUGGUCGGCAGGUAGCUCAGAUGGCUCGUCUGACACUGUUGCAGGCGAGAGAUGCCGAGAGGUUAGACCAUGAGCAUCAGUAUGUGGCUCCAGAGGCCUACCAACGGGGUAGGCCAGUCCCACGAGCCAGGGGUAGGGCACGAGGAAGGGGUGCCCCACGAGGCAGGGGUGCCCCAUGGGGUCGCAGGGGACGGCGAGGAGGUGGUCAGCAAGGGGGCGUUGAGAUGAGCCUUCCAGCAGCAUGCCUUCGUAUAGCCUUCAGCUAUCUUUGCCAGCAUCGCAGGUCACCCCGUCAGGAGCAUUGUCGAUCAUGGGUACAUUCGACGGGGAUGUAG